CACAUCACUCAAAACUUAAAUUAUCAAACAUGAACACAAAAAUUGGCGACCAACUGAAACUUUCAGUUGAAACAGAUAACAUAGAACUCCUCUAUGAAGUAAUUCAAGAUGAUCCAUCUAUUUUGGAAACCAUAGAUAAACACCAAUUUGUAGAUACUCCUUUGCAUAUCGCUGCAGCUUGGGGUCAUCUCGAGUUUGCCACUGAAAUUAUGAAUUUGAAACCUUCAUUUGCUACCAAGCUAAAUUUGCAAGGAUACAGUCCCAUUCAUCUUGCUAUGAACCGCCUCCAUUAUCUUGUUAUGGACAGCCUCACAAAUCCUGCUACAGACAGCCCCACUCGUCUUGCUAUGGAAAGCAGUGUUGUUUUUCAAAGGGCGAUGGUGUCUAAAUUGGUUGACAUCAAUAAAGAUCUUGUUAGAGUUAAAGGAAGAAAAGGCUUGACUCCACUUCAUUUUGCAUGUCAAAUUGGUGAUGUUGAACUUUUAGCUGAAUUCCUCACUGCUUGUCCGGAUUCCAUUGAAGAUGAAAAUGUGAGUGGUGAAUCUGCAUUGCAUAUUGCUGUUAUCAAUCAUCAGUUUAGGGCCCUUCAAGUACUUGUUGGCUGGCUUAAAGAAAAUUAUUACAGUGGUGCUAGAAGGCUGGAAGAGAAAUUACUCAACCAUAAAGACAAAGCAGGCAACACUGUUUUGCACAUAUCAGCACUUAGUGAUGAUCCAAAGUUUCUUCAAUUUCUGGUAAAGACCGGCCAAAUAAAGUUGAAUGCAAAGAACUUGCAACAGGAAACAGCAUUAGAUUUAGCAAAAAAUCAAAAGUUCCAGAUAAUACUAAAACGUGCUAAAGCAAAACAUGGAUCAGAAGUCAGUCGUGCUCCAACACAUGCAGAAGAAAUAACAUCAAAGAACACGAUUAUCGAUAACAUGAUACCUUGGAUACGUAGAACUAUAAAUGAUAUAACAGAGGAACAGCGUAACACUUGGUUAGUAGUUGCGACUCUCGUUGCAACUGCAACCUUUGAAUCAGCGCUGAAUCCUCCCGGUGGAGUUUUCCAGGUUAGUGCAAGUGGUGACAACAAUGUGAAAACUACUACAUAUGGUUUUUUUUCUGUCCAAGGAAAUGCUGGAAAAUCGAUCUUGUCAAGAGAUAGUUUCAUGGUUUUUUCAUUAGCGAAUAUGCUUUCCUUUUGUGUAUCAAUUAUAGCAAUACUAAUCCUGACCCCAGGUGGAGCAGUAGGCCGCCUAGUGAUACUUCCAGUGGGUUUGUUUGUUUGUUGCUAUCUAAUUGCUAUGCCGGCGAUAUCUCCUACACAUGCCAACACCACUAUUCUUUACAUCCCUAUGUAUUCAAUUGUAUUUCUCCUGGCUUUAUAUUUUACUUUUAUAAUGUGCAAAGAUACUAUAUGGAGGAGAUCAAAAAGAGGUACAUGGGAUAAAGAAAGAGAAAAAAGGAAACCACAAGGCAUCAAAGCUUGAUUUUGAUCGGGUGAGGAUUCCGUAACUUUGUGGUGGAAAAUACCAUGACUUUAAUGCAUUUUGAAUUUGUGUUGUUUAUGUUAAAAAAUAAUAAAGAAGAAAUAAUAUAGAGAAUGAGAGAAAGAGGGACUAGGAGAGAGAUAGAGACAAAGUUGGCUCACCAAAGUCACCCAAGCCUGAUUCAGAUCGACAACUCAAACCGCUGUAGCCCACAUUUUGACAAUAUUGUUUCAUUGUUGUUUGAAAUUUGUAGU